AUGGAUAGCAAUAGAACAAGGCUUGAAUUUACACCUGUUGGUACAUUAAAGACACAUAAUGAUGAUGAGGAAAAUAACCUUAUAACAUCACCUACUAAACAACCUAAUGGAAGCCAAUAUCAAACUACUAAUGUAUAUUCCAAUAAACGUCGUCGGAUUGAAGAUCCAAUUGAAGAAGAAGAAGUUUCGGAUGAUGAAAUGCAAAGUUCUAAUGGAAUCGAAGACCAAUUUCAAAAUAACGAUACAUAUGAAAAUAAUCAUUCAAUUUAUGAUAGGUCAGGAGUAUAUGAGCACACUCAAACUAAUAUAAUACCUACAACGAUUGCGGUACCCAAAAAUAACGUUGAUAUAACACAAAACGAUAAAUCAAUAAGGAACCUGAUAGCAAGGAAUAUUGAUGAUGGCUCAAGCUUUCAAUUAUCGACUGCCAAAGAACUAGAGAAAAUGAAAGAUGAAAAUGAAAAGUUAAAGAUUCGUAUACAGUACAUUAUGUCUGGAGCCAAAAAAAAUAAUGAUGAAAUACCAUCUUUAAUAAGAAAUGGGAAAUCUGAUCCCAAUUUUAUUCAAGAAUUAGACACUUUUUUAGAGAAAAAUAAUAAUACGAUUGAUCUUAAUCAAUGGGAAAAUGAUAAGUCAGAAUAUGAAUUGAAAAUAAAAAAUUUGAAAAACAAUCUAUCUCAAUCAAAGGAAAAAAUGAAAAUAUUAGAAUCAACUAAUAAUCAAUUAUCUUUGAAAAUGUCUAAUUUACAAAAUUCAUAUGAUCAUUUGAAAGAACAACUUUUAGGUAUUGAAAAUAAUUCGAAUAAUGAAAAGAAUUUACUUUUACAAUUACAAAGUGAAAAGGAAAAUUUAUUGAGAAAAGUUAUGGAAAAUAAACAUGAAUUAGAUAAUUCUCAGAAAGCUCUUAGUGAAAAAGAGCUCCAACUUAUAGAGUUAAAUAAACAAUUAGAUAAGAAGGCUCAAGAUUUAAAACAAUUAAAGACUCAACAAAAUGAAAAUAUAAAUAAUAAUGAUGAACAGAUUGAAAAAUUAAAACAAGAUAUUGCUGAAUUGUCAAAAAAGAAUUUAGAUUUUCAGAAUCAAUUGAAGAAAUCACAAAAUGAUCGUAUAAGAUUAAAUGAAUUACUUCAAGAUAGUAAAAAAACAGAAAUAAAUUUCUAUUCUGAUCUGGAUCUAAUAAAAGAACAAAAGAAUGAUAUUGAAAAGAAAAAUCAUUCAUUAGAUAAUGAAUUGCGAAAAAAAUUAAGUGAGAUUGAUGAAUUAAAAGAUUCAAUUGAAGAAUGUAAAAACCAAAUGGAUAAUCUAAAUUAUGCAUUAAAGGAUGAAAAAAAGAAGAAUAAAACCCUAACAGAAAAAAUUACUGAACAACAAAAUAAAUUAAUAGCUACAGAUGAUCAAUUAAAUGAAAAACAUGAGGCAUUAAAAUCAGAAUAUGAUAUUAUAACUUCAGAAUUAAAGAUUACAAAAAAGAAAUUAGAUACAGUGAAUUUUGAAUUGAAAAAAGAAUUAGAACUAAAGAAACGAAUUAAUAAUUCAAAACAAAGAUUAGAAGAUCAAGUCAAGUCUCUUACAUUAGAAAUUAGUGAUAAACAUUCUGAAAUAUCAGAUUUACAAGAAAAACUCUUGGAGUAUACUUCUAAUAGUGAUAACAGUCGAUCUAAGAUUAGUGGUAUGGAAUUAAAAAUUAAAGCUCUUCAAAAGGAAUUAGUAGAAAUUAAAAAAAAUAAAGAUAUUCUUCAAGAAUCUUAUGAAGAAUUAAAACAAUCUAAAUUAGAAUUACAAUCAAAUAUUGAUCGAAAUUUGGAGAAAAUUAGUAAUCAAAAAGAAGAAAUAUCUCGAUUAAAAAUUGAAAAUGAUAAACUUCAACAAACUAAUUUUGAAAAUUUGAACUUAUCUACUAAAUUACAAUCUGAAAUUGAGCAAUCCAAUGAAUACGUUCAAACUAUAACUGAACAAAAUAAUAAAUUAACUAGUGAUAUUACUUCUAAAAUUGUUAGAAUAGAUGAUUUAAAAAAUGAAUUGAAUGAAAAUAAACAAAAGCUAAAUAAACUUGAAAAAGAUUAUAGACAUAUUAAGAGAUCUCAAAACGAUCGUUUACCUAAAUUACUUAGUGAAUUAAAUUCUAAGAAUAAUGAAUUACAAUAUAUUGAGAAUAAAUUCAAAGAAAAUGAAAAAAAUUUGGAAAAACAACUCAACGAUUCUAGAAUCAAAUUAGAGAUUAAAGAAGUACAAAAUAAUGAAUUAUUAGCUAAAAUUGAGGAAUUAACUCAACAAUGUGAUAAUUUUAGAAAUCUAAAUUAUGAUCUUCAAGAGAAAUAUAAUGAUUUAUUAAGAGAUAAAACAGAUGUAUUACCAGAGCAUAUUUAUCAUAAAGACAAAGAAGAUACUUUGAAACGUCAAAUUACUCGAUUAGAACUUAGAAAUAAGGAGUUGAUUAAAUUGUACUCUGACAAAAAUAAAAAAUAUUUUGAUUUAUCUAAUUAUUAUAUGCUAAAAAGUUUCAAAGUACAACGUAAAAAUGAUGCACUUAUUUUGAUCAAAAGUUACUUAAAUAAAGUUCUUAAUGCUACUUUAAAUACUUUAGAUGGGAAUUAUUUACGAUUUAAACAAGAGAGAGAUUAUAUGGGUAAAUCAUACGAUGAUUUUAAAUAUUCUUCAAGUUAUUAUAACAAUAGAAAUUAUCAGGGACAAUACAAUAAUAAAUCUAGAAGCGGAUCUCCAGAUUGGAAUAGCAAUGGACACUAUUUCGAUGAUGAGUUUGCAAGGGAGAAAAGGGCUAGAAGGAAUUUUAGAAAGGUAUCUUUAUAUGUUUUAGCUUGUGUUAAAGCUAAACUUAUUGCUAAAGAAGUUCGCAAAGAAAACGAAAGACUAAGGAAAUAUCAAUCUUCUAUUGAAUCGGUCAAUGAUUAUUAA